CGCGCGUCGUCUCCAGUCCAGUGAAGAAAGCUCACGCACGCAACACGCACGCACCCCUAGCUCAUGUGCAAGACGAGCCGGCGAGCUGUAUACGUAGCAGCUGGACUCUGGAGAAGCAUCAGCUAAGCUGUACGUACUACUGUAGUUCGAUCGAUGGAUGCUGGUAAUAACGCAAUCGCUGCGGCGUCCUUCGCCAUCGUCGUCCUUGUCGCCGCCGCCGCCUCGUCUUUAGCGGCGGCGGUGCCGGCGGUGUACGUGCUCGGCGACUCGCUGGCGGACGUGGGGAACAACAACCACCUGCUGACGCUGCUCAAGGCGGACUUCCCGCACAACGGGAUCGACUACCCGGGGGGGAAGGCCACCGGCCGCUUCAGCAACGGCAAGAACUUCCCCGAUUUCCUCGCUGAGAACCUUGGGUUGGCGACAUCUCCACCGUACCUCGCCAUAUCGUCAAGCAGCAGUGCUAACUACGUGAAUGGCGUCAACUUUGCUUCAGGUGGCGCCGGAGUUUUCAACUCUACAAACAAGGAUCAGUGCAUCAGCUUCGACAAGCAGAUCGAGUACUACUCCAAGGUGCAGGCGUCGCUGGUGCAGAGCCUCGGCGAGGCCCAGGCGGCGAGCCACCUGGCGAAAUCCCUCUUCGCCAUCACCAUCGGCAGCAACGACAUCAUCGGCUACGUCAGGUCCAGCGCCGCCGCCAAGGCCACCAACCCUAUGGAGCAGUUCGUCGACGCCCUCAUCCAGUCGCUCACCGGCCAGCUACAGAGGCUGUACGACCUCGGGGCGCGCAGGGUGCUGUUCCUGGGGACGGGGCCGGUGGGCUGCUGCCCGUCGCUGCGGGAGCUGAGCGCCGACAGGGGCUGCAGCGGCGAGGCCAACGACGCGUCGGCGCGGUACAACGCGGCGGCGGCGUCGCUGCUGCGCGGGAUGGCCGAGCGGCGCGCGGGCCUCCGCUACGCGGUGUUCGACUCCAGCGCGGCGCUGCUCCGGUACAUCGAGCGGCCGGCGGCGUACGGGUUCGCGGAGGCGCGGGCGGCGUGCUGCGGCCUCGGGGACAUGAACGCCAAGAUCGGCUGCACCCCGGUCAGCUUCUACUGCGCCAACCGGACGGGCUACGUGUUCUGGGACUUCUACCACCCGACCGAGGCCACCGCGCGGAUGCUCACCGCCGUCGCGUUCGACGGCUCGCCGCCGCUCGUCUUCCCCGUGAACAUUAGGCAGCUCGCUGCUAUGUAGGCUUCAUCUCAUCUUCACGGUGUACUGAUCGAUCGAGCUGCUUGUGAGAUUCCACUUUUUUCAAGCUUCAAGUACAGCCAUAGAAAUAUACUACUAUAUACCAUGUAAAGUAUACUAGUGUAUUUACUUACGAUUGGUACAUAUAGCGGUAGAAUCAUAUAAUAUAGCAAAUUCAUAAUAAGUGAUUGUUGAAGUUCAUCAGAAAUUCACCUGGAAUUGGGGUCGGAAUCAUAACAAGUGAUUAUUGAAGAUUGUCAGACAGCUAUAGUACUUACCAA